GAUACGGCAUGCACUCAAAAGCCCACUUUCUCCUUCCGACAUGCUCCAAGCGCGGGGUCGAGUCUGUUAUCCAGUCGUUUGGCCAUGAGUAAUCGCACCCCAAUCCCUUUGCCUCGUUGCCUUCUUCGCAGAUUUAGGACGGCAUUUGAAGGUGGAGUGAACCAACACACUCACCCAAGGCUGGCAACCUACGUCCGCACCCAAAGCCAGCGAUGGCGACCACCGGUACGAAUACUUUCGCCCUGUCUCUCGAAGCGUUCAUUUCCGGCGUCAAGCGCGAUGAAGACAUCCGCAGCCCGUUUUACAAAGAGGUCCUUUCGCAGCUCCUUUCAAGCCCCUCCGACAGCAACUCGCAUGACCACAGUAGCCGGAGCUCGGAGCAGCUUGCACUUUACGUCAAGGAACUAGACAAGAAGCAGAAGCGCAGCAGCUAUACCAGACGUAUCUCUGAGAGGUUGGAUCCGCUAUUAACAGGCCUCUCUCAGUACACGCAAGCCUGCGAUGUCAUGAUCCAGGCCGGGCCCGCAGCAUCUGCAGUGCUAUACGGGGGGGCUCGCAUUGUUCUCAUGCUGGCUGAAAAGUUCCGAAAAUGCUUCGAAGAUGUUCUGUCAAUGAUGGAAAGCGUUGGCGAUCUGUUGAAAUGCUACCACGUCUUCGCCAAAGCAUAUGAAGCAUCCGCAGACAUGCAACGGCUUCUUGUCGAGACCUACAAGAACAUCGUGUCAUUCUGGCAGAAAGCAGCGGCGCUUUUCAGUCGUAAGGCGUACAAAACAUUACUCACUGGCAUCGUCAAACCGUUGGAUGCUGAGUGGCAACGAUGUCGCCAAACCUUGGAGGCGGAUGCGAAGAAAGUCCAAAUGCUAGCACAGGCAACUGAGGCGGACCUGGGCAGGGAGAGGGACCUUGCAAAAUCGACGAGUCAGCAAUCGAAGCUGCGAAGCCACAUCGUAGACUGGAUCAAAGCAGGUCAGGAGGAGGAUAGGCUCGACGUCCGGCAAGAUAUCCGGACACACCUCGAAAUCCGUCACGAUGAAAGCUGCGAGUGGUUGUUUCAACAUCCGACUAUGGAAAAGUGGCUGGCAAUGAAGAAGUCGACAUCGCUCUGGUACAACGCAGCUCCCGGGGCCGGGAAGACGAUCUUAUCGUCAACACUCGUCCGGAAGCUACAGGAAAAAGGUUACCGGACGGCAACUUUCUUCUGUUCUUUCAACGAUUUUGUGCGGAAGAAAGCCAUCAAUGUUCUCCGAUCUAUUGCUCUCCAGAUACUCACCCAUUCUGAUUCCAUCCCCGAACGAGUACAGCGACUCUACGAGGAAGAUCUGAAGAAUCAUUGCUCCAAAUUGAACGAUCCAAAGACUGCGUCCGAAAUCAUAGAGGCACUUCUGAAACAGCAAAGCCGCAUCCAUAUCAUCAUCGACGGGCUCGACGAGUGCGAAGAUAGGGGACUUCUUCUGCUGUCGUUUUGUCAUCUCCUUCACGCGAAGACGUACGGCAUCGCAAAAUUCUUCUUUGCUAGUCGACCAGACUCCGAUAUCCGCACAAUGAUGCGAAAGCAUAAUGUCACGGAACUCGAAGCCUCCGGCGAGGGCCUCACAGAGGACAUCAGAAGAUAUGUUACCGAUCGUAUCGAUCAUGAAUGCGACAGCUGCGUUGAAUACUGGACAAGCCAUGCACAAGGCAAUUUCUUGUGGGUGCGCCACAUGAUGGACAUCCUAGACGGGGAGGGUGCCACCUGUGAAGAAGAAAUUGAAGAAGAGCUAGACAAAUUUCCGAAAGGUCUAACUGGCGCUUACACGCGGAGCUUGUCACGAUUGUUGAUGCGCCCCGAACGCCACCAGCAGCUUGCGCGCUCGAUCUUCACGAUGCUCGUUGGAGCUGCCCAGCCGCUUCAUUUGAGCGAGCUCACUCAUGCUCUUGCUGCUUUGAAAGGCAUCCCGGACUUCUCUCCGAGAAGCUUACCGAAACCUGAGCUCAUAGAAGAGCUGUGUUCUAAUCUUGUCUUGUUCGAUCGAACUAUGAAGGGCACUGAAGAUGAUCCGUUACUAAAGGUCGCUCAUAAGUCGGUGCAGGACUUUUUCGUACAAGAUCCUGAUGUCUUGCAACUGCCAGACGAGCGCCUGCGCCAGUACUUCGUGUCGCCAGCGAAAGCAAACCUCGAGUUAGGACUAUCAGCCCUUUCGUACCUUAGCUAUGAGAGGUACCAUGCAACCCUAGACGUCUCGACCGUUAUUACAGCGAACGACCAUUCCUUCCUUCGACACGCUGCAACAUUUUGGCACGGGUACCUCAGCAAUGCGGAACGUUCAGAGGAGCUCUACAAGAAGAUCAUCGAUUUCACGAAGACGAAGGCAUUCUGGGCUUGUGUGGCUGUGCAGACUCGGGUCGUGCCCUAUCUUUUCGCGACGUAUACGAAAGAUGGCGGACGUUAUCUUGGCGGCUAUCAUCUCACUGCUACGGCGCCUAAGCUUAAAACGCAGUGUGUGGAUGAUGUGUGCUUCGCAAUUCCACUUCCUGAGUGGCUGGAUACAGAUGUGUAUGGCUCAGAGGGGGCGCGCAUCUUCAAGGCAUUCCACAACUUCGUGACUGAGUGGCAUCCGCUACUCAACUCGCACCCUGCAGCAGUGGCUCAGUGCGCUAUGGAUGAUGAAUGGGACGGAAUUCUUCCUGGAAGGGCGCCGUGGCGAGAUGAGCGUGUAAAAAUGCACAAGAUUUCGCAGGGCACCUCGCCCGACGCCCUGGUGGAUAUACAGCUCGACGCCGGCUCUCUCAAAGCCCUCACCCUCGCCCACAGAAGCUCUUCCAGCCGAUACCACAUUAAGUGGUCAACACUACCAACGGCCAAUGGAAGUUCUUCGUCCGACCCUCCAAGAACUGCUACUCAGCUAAUCUGCGCACCUGUAGCGGGGCAUUCGUAUUUCUUCGGCGGCAUACCGGAUAUUGACCAAGGGUAUUGGCUCGUGGAUACGGCUCGACUGUCGACCAGUUACUAUUCGAGCGCGGACGAAGGUGUUGACGCUAGCCACGCAGACACCUAUACCUCGGAACGAACAAUCGGGCUUUGGCAGGGCGUCUGCAAAGUUACCACGGCUCCUCAUGAUCACUCGCCGACGUCGCACCGCGCAAUUGCUAUCCAUUGCAUGCGGGACUUACCGAGCCACAGUGACACGAUGUCGACCCAGUCAAGCCAAGAAUCGGGGUACGGUUCCAUGAGUUCUUCUGACAUAGAGUCUGAUUCGGACGCGGACGACGACUCGCCUGACACUGGCGACUCACUCUCGCAGCACUGCAUGUUCAUAGUGAGAAGUGGUGGUGCACCAAUUUGGCACUUCUGGAAGUCCAAAAUCGAUAUGGAUGCUGUAUGCGCAUUCCAUCCUACCGAAGCGACUGCGGUGUGGAGCCCAUCUCCGCACCAGCUCUGCAUAAUGGACAUUGCAUCUGGCAACGUGCAAUCUACGAUCUUACCCGAGCCUGUAGACACUCAGGUCUCUACUACCUGCGCUAUGCGCAAGGAGUUCAAGUUUUCGGAAUCCGGCAAAACGCUAUACUAUCUGCUCUACACCGCCGCACACUCGGACACUGGCUUCAAGCAGACACUUUCGCUCUCAUCAUUUCUGUUUUGCAGUUCUGGAGACCCAGAGUGCGUCUUAGAGCGGACACAUGCUACGGUAUCCGUCGCUUAUGAGAGUGCUGGAGCGAUGCAGCAUCCGCUGAUCCUGACGUACUGGGACUCUAACUACGUCUACGUCGCUUUGCCCCCGCUAUCCUGCAACACAAAGCUCCUUCGCAUGCAUCUCCCGAAAGCCGAGUCUCCUUCCGUGCCUCCCGCAUCCAACAUACAGACUCUGCGCGACCCCGUUUACUUCCCCUACUCAACGCCCUACCGUAGCCCGCAACUCAAGCUCCUUCCCAACAACACCGGCAAAGAAAUGCUCAUCCUCGCACUCGAUGCAGAAUACUGCUCCACCGCCGAAGCCGAAAUGACGACACCGCCAGUCGUGAUGACUUGGGAUAUCCCAUCGGAAGAAGGCUGGCGACCUUGGGAUGAAAACCUCGAUGCGAAGGAGAAAGGCGCCAAGGCUAACGGGGAAACAUAUGAGCUGCUGAGGGGCAGUUUCGUGGAUAGGGAGAGGAGAUUUGAGGUCCCUGUGAGGAGCGGGUUGGACUGGAGGAGGAAGGCGUUUUUGAGCUGUCACUGAGACGACUUGUGAGAUAUUGGCUUCUUUGACUGACUUCUGGAAAUUGCUAUUUUGUCAGGAUAUACGUUGAUCAAUGUAUUUUCAUUAAUUAAAUUAUGGCCAAACGUGGAAGACCUGCGAACGACAUAUCUUCUCCCUAGGCAUGGCUCGAGUGACGUAGCUAAUGCAUUCAUGGUACAAAUAUAUAGCGGCAUGGAUAGUGAAGGAUUUUGUUA